AUGCUGUCCAAGGAAGAUUAUAUUCUCUUCUCUGAACUGUCAGAGGCAUUCAAGUUAUUAACUCAUCAAACAUGCAAGAAGAAGGACGUUCAAGUAUUUGCUGCUAGCAUGGCAGAUAUCAAGAAAAUGUUAGAAAAGUUAGAAUUCAAAAACUUCAAGAAACUUCAUAAGAAACUCUUUGAAUCAUAUAAGAACUUCACAGAUGUGUUUGAUGAGAAAGCAGCUGAAAAUCUCCCCUCUCACUAA